CAUUUGCCCAUUUCUUCAUUCAUAUCCAUCAUUCUUCUCUCUCUAUUUCUUGAUAUUCCGGUCGGUCGGUCGGUUUGUUUAUGAAGAUUCUAUGUGAUGUCUGCAACAAAGACGGCGCGUCGUUCUUCUGCGCCGCCGACGACGCCGCCCUCUGUUCUUACUGCGAUCACCGUGUUCAUCACGUCAACAAACUCGCCGGAAAACACCAACGUUUCUCCCUCAUCAACCCUUCUUCCCCUGAGAAAAUCCCUCUUUGCGAUAUCUGCCAGGUAAAGAGGGCUUUCUUGUUCUGCCAACAAGAUAGAGCAAUUCUAUGCAUAGACUGUGAUUACUCAAUUCACAAAGCAAACGAACAUACCCAGAAUCACAAUCGUUUCCUUCUCACCGGAACUAAACUCUCCGUCGACUCAAACUCCGUUUCACAACUCACACCGCCGCCGGCGGCGGUGGCAAUGCCGGUGGUGUCUCCCGACAACGGCACAAGUAGCAGCAUAUCAGAAUAUCUUAUUGAAACACUUCCCGGUUGGCGGGUCGAUGAUUUCCUUGAUUCAUAUGCCCAGCCAAAUACUUUUGAUUUAUCAAAGGAAGUUGAAGAAGAUUUGGUGAUACCCAUAUGGGAAAAUAAUGAAUUUAAUCUGAAUUCUGGGAUAUGGGUUCCUCAGGCGCCGGCACCGGCGCCGGCAACUCAGUACACAAUAAUGUCACCACCAAACAUGACCGUAGAUGGAGAAUCUAAUAGCAAAUCAACGGUGAGGAAAUGGAUGGUGGAUGAUGGAAGCUUCACAGUUCCACAGAUGAGUCCUCAAUCAUCUAAUCAAGGCUCCAAGAGAUCUAGAUUUGCUUGGUAGAAAGCUUAAAGCAGAAGUUUUCUGUCUCAUAUUUGCAAUUUCCUUUUUUAUUUUUAUAUGUUUGAUAUUAAUAUUUAGUCUUCAAAUUAUUGAGUGUAUUUUUUUUUUUUUUUUUUGUAUGUUUCUUGCAAAUUUUAAGGCUGCAAAUGUUAAAUGUUGUACAUUACUAAAACUAGUAUGUUCUUUCUUGAAAUUGGA